AUGUCAUGGUUAAAAAAACACAAUCCCCAAAUUUUGUGGGAAAAACAUACACUUGUUUUUAAUUCCUUGUAUUGUUCCAACAACUGUCUAGCCACACCUGCUGUUUUAGAACUCAAAGCAGUGGAAGAAAUUCCUGCCCCUUAUCAAGAAUUUGCUAGAAUAUUUUCAGAGGAAGAAUUGUCAAAAUUACCACCCCACCGUCCUUACGACAUUGCCAUUGAGUUACUUCCGGAUGCGCAACCAAGACAUGGCCCCAUAUAUAGUUUAGGUCCAAGGGAAGAUGCGGAACUUAAAGAAACCAUUGAGAAACAGCUCAAAGCUGGUCUAAUCCGCCCGUCUAGAUCCCCUAUGGCCUCUCCCAUAUUAUUUGUCAAAAAGAAAAAUGGGAAACUACGCAUGUGUGUGGAUUACCGGCGUCUGAACAGUAUGACCAAGAAAAACGUCUAUCCCCUGCCCUUGCCACAGAAUCUCAUUGAGAAAUUACAAGGUGCCAAGAUCUUUAGCAAAUUUGAUCUUAAGGCAGGAUACAACCUAGUCCAAAUCAAAGAAGGCGAUGAAUGGAAAACCGCUUUCAAAACAAAAUACAGACUAUUUGAAUAUUUGGUCAUGCCCUUUGGACUAACAAAUGCACCGGCAGCCUUUCAAGACAUGAUGAAUGAGAUAUUCAGGGACCUUCUGGAUGUCUACGUUAUCAUAUAUUUGGACGAUAUUCUAGUAUUCUCCCUUAACAAAAGAGACCAUGAAGCCCAUGUGCAAGAAGUGCUUAAAAGGCUGCAGGAUAACAACCUUUUUUGCAAUAUUGAGAAAUGUCAUUUCCAUGUCAAAAGGAUUGACUACCUAGGAUUCAUUAUAUUGGAACUUGGCAUAGAAGUAGAUCAAUCCAAGGUCACGGAUGCAAUGAACUGGUCAACACCUAAGAAUGUCAAGAAUAUUCAGGAAUUCUUAGGGUUUGUAAAUUUCUAUAGACGAUUUAUUCCAAACUUUGGUAAUAUGGCACAACCUCUGUACAACCUGCUCAAAAAAGAUAGUAUUUGGAAAUGGGAACAGGCGGAACAACAAUCCUUUGAUGGCUUGAAGAAAUGUCUUACAUCAGCACCUCUACUUUUACAGCCCAACACUACAAAACAAUUCUACGUAGAAUGCGACGCAUCCAAUUACGCAACAGGAGCCAUAUUAUCCCAGCGCAACCCUGAAGGAAAAUUGGCCCCUGUAGCAUAUCUAUCAAAAUCCCUGUCACCGGCAGAAAAGAACUAUGAUAUUUUGACAAAGAGCUUCCAGGUUCUCACGGAUCAUAAGAACCUGGAGCACUUCUCCACAUCACAAUCCUUGAAUAAACAACAAAUUCGAUGCGCCAACUUCCUGGUUGAUUAUAACUUCCAAAUUAUCUACAGACCUGGAGCGCAAAACAAGAAGGCGGAUAUUCUCUCAAGACAAUAUGAUUUAGUGCCCCUUGAAGGGGGGGUAGAGAACCAAGUUCUCCUGAAACCAGAACUUUUCAUUGCGUCAAUCACUCCGGAUCAGGAAAUUAAUGACCUGAUUGGUGAAGCAAUCUACAAGGAUGAACGCCUUAAGGAAAUCUUGCACAAACUCCAGAGCAAGGAUAAAGUAGUCGACUGGGAGUUAAAAGAGGGAUUACUAUGGUAUCAAGGAAAAAUCUUUGUACCCAGAGAUGAUACUAUUAGGAACCUCAUCUUGGAGUCUAGACAUGACACAUUAGUUGCAGGACACCCAGGACAAACCAGGACACUAGAACUUAUUUCCAGGAGUUAUUACUGGCCAUCGCUGAAAAAGUUUGUCAAUUCUUAUGUCAGCCACUGCAAAACCUGUAUCAGGUCCAAGCCAACAAAUCAAGUACCUGUAGGACUGCUAAAGCCAUUGCAAAUUCCUGAACGUCCCUGGGAAGAUAUAGCCUAUGACAUGAUUGUGGGACUACCAAUUUCAGAAGGCUUCAACGCCAUCCUUACUGUCAUUGACUGUUUCUCAAAAAUGGUUCACUUUAUUCCUACCCAAUCCACAGCAUUGGCUAUUGACAUUGCCAACUUAUUUAUUACAUACAUCUGGAAAUUACAUGGCCUUCCCAAGAGUACAGUUUCAGAUAGAGGCCCUACAUUUAAUGCCAAGUUUAUUUGUCAUCUAUAUAAAAGGCUAGACAUCAAGCCUACAUAUUCUACAGCCUACCAUCCUCAAACAGAUGGUCAAACGGAAUGGAUACAACAAGAGGCCAAGAUCUUUAUACGUAUGUUUGGGAAUCAUUGUCAAUCAGACUGGGUGUCACUAUUGCCAUUGGCCAAAUUUGCCUUGAACAAUUUGAAACAGACUUCCACAGGCAAAUCCCCUUUCCAAAUAUGUUACGGCUAUAAUCCAAGAUUUACAGUUGGUCAAAAGUCAGAUGAAUCAGUCCCUAACGCAGACAAACAUGCAGAAUUCUUAGAAAAGGGCUAUGAUGAAGUCAAGGCAGCAUUAUCAAUAUCCCAAGAAAGGAUGAAACACUUCUAUGAUCAACGUCACAAGGAAGAAGAAGAAAUUCAAGUAGGGAACAAAGUUUGGCUAAGUCAUCAAAAUAUAUCCACCAAUAGACCAUCCAUCAAGCUUAGCCACAAAAAGCUAGGUCCCUACUUGGUAAUUGAAAAAAUUGGAUCACAUGCGUAUAAAUUACAACUACCCCAUACCAUGCGCAUACAUCCAGUCUUUCACAUUAAUCUUCUGACAAAAUUCCAUCCUGACCCUCAUGGACGCAAUCCUCCUCAACCUGCACCUAUCAUCACAGAAGAAGGUGAAGAGAAAUACAAAGUAGAGAAAAUCCUAGAUAGCAAGUGGAAAGGACGAGGAAAGACAAAGAAGUUAUGGUACCUGGUCAAAUGGAAAGGUUAUGAUGAAGGAAGUAAUUUGUGGGAGCCAAUAGACAAUGUGGGAAAUGCUCAAGAAGUCCUAGAGGAAUUUCACAAGGAACACCCCAACGCAGUUGGAGCUUAA